CUAGCACAGAAUAUUAAGUUAGUGUAGUAAGAAAUCUCCGAGAGCUGUAGCUAGAAAAAUAGUAUAUCUUUCUUCGACAUGAAUUUAUUAACAAUUACUUUGUGCGUUCUGAUAGAAAUGACAGCGAUACAAGCAAAAACAGAAAGAUUACCUGCAACAAAAUCUAAUACAAAUCAGGCCAAGCUCCUUGUAUUUCACCCGUUGCACCCUACGCUAAUGCCGACGAUUUCCUCAAGAUCAACCGAGUCUCUUUACAAUUAUAACUAUAACACUGAUACUGGUAUCAAAGCUCAAGAACACGGUCAUCUCAAUAAUGUGGGUACCGAUCAGGAGGCCAUAGAAGUGCGAGGCAGCUAUAGCUACAAUGACAACGAGCAAAACACCUUCCAGGUCUCGUAUGUAGCCAACGAAAAUGGAUUCCAGCCGGAGGGUGCUCAUUUGCCUGAGAUUCCGCCAUUAAUCAAGAAGGCUCUUCAAUACAUUGCCGAACAUCUCGAAGAAAAUGGGGAAUAAGAAGAUGACAGAAAUAUGAAAAAAAUCGAUAAAUCGCAAAGGAGUCUUGAUAAGAUGACAGAUCGAAUAAAACAUACCACAGACUCGAUUGCGGAACUUUUGCGAGCGAUGUCGAGCCACGGUUAUUCGCGUCGUCAUUAUUUUUGUAUUUGUAUAAUAUUAUCGUUAAAUUUAUAUAAUAUUUUUACAUAAUUACUUUUAUACCUUAAAUUAUUACUGCGAGUAAGUACACGCAGAUCACAUAAUUAAUAUUAACUGCAUGUAAUUAUUAUAAAUUAUAAAUAAUUAUUACAUAAAAUUUACGCGGUUUUUAAUUUAUUAUUAUUAUUCUAUUUUCUUAUUUUCUUAUAUCUCUUAUUUUUUUUUUCUUUUCUUUAAACCGUGUAUUUAUCAUGUACUUUUUCACGCAU